UGCGAAGCCUGUCAUUGCAAGCUUCUGAUUCGAUUUUCUGGCCAGGCCCAGACUCCCCAAGCCCGUUUUUUUAUGGCUCAUGAGCUCAGAGUAACAAAACAAGGGAAUACACCAACGUUAGGGAAGAUCGAAGUCAAAGUUCGCAAACUGCCAUACUCGGCACAGGCUAUGCGCGGCCCCCACCGAACGAUCAGUUCUGGCAUCGGGCGUUGAGGCAGCAGAUUGGCAUGCAGCUCAUACAGUAUCGUCGGCACAUGGUAUCUCUGGCUGUCAGACGGAGAAAUACUACCUGAUUACCUCUAUACACCAUGGUUGGUGCGAUCUUGAUGACGCUAGAAGAGCAAUUCAUUGAAAACGCCCGCCAGCGGGCCGUUAUGCCUCUGGUCACCUGGUGUUGCUUCCGAUAUUCUAAAAAUUGCCUACACCGAGCAGUGAGGGCCGGCCGUGGAGAGAUUCGCGGGGCAUGGAGGACAGCACGGAGGGGUUGGAUGCAAGUUCCAAGCAGACCCCACGAAAGACUUGCCCUCCUUGGCUCGGCUCUCUGCGGACUGCAGCUUGUUGUUUUGUUGGUCCUGCGCUCACGUUCAAGCACAUCCCGCGCCGCUAUCCGGAUCGGGGAAAUGUUAACGACGGUUCGGCGAGAGUGAACGGACGGCCAAUCCGGUGUUUUCCG